AUGCGGCCCGAACAAAAACAACUGGGAGGAUUGGAUGACGGCUACAUCUUCAGGAGCGAGCACUCAAAGGCAGAGCAACGAAAUGCGGGCGUCGUCUUUGGCAUUCAAAACGAAAUCGUGAGGCGACUGCCCUGUCUGCCGCAGACCAUUAACGACCGACUCCCGAGUCUGCCCAUGCCUCUUCGGGGACCCAAUUUAGCCACCAUAAUCAGCACUUACGCCAAACCAAUGACCGGCACUGACGAGGAGAAGAUCAAGUUCUACGAAGAGUCGCACGUCCUUCUGGAGUCUCUGUCGAAGGUGGUCAGGCUGAUUGUUCUUGGUGACUUCACUGUUCUCGUCGAGGCAGACUGGGCUCACUCACGAAAUCGCCGACUGGAACGAGAAUGGCCUCCUCCUGCGAACCUCUGUUGAAAACUGCCUCCUGCUGACCAACGCCUUCUUCCGCCUGUCGAUGCUGAAGGCACCCCAGAUGGUGACUCUGGCAGCUGUUGGAAUGCGUUCUGCUUCGGAGGCCAGAUCGGCGGGACAUGCUGGUGACCAGAACGAUCUGCGUUACCGAUGGCUGGACCGACCACAGCCUCGUCGUCUCCAAGAUGAGGCUGUGUCUGCAAUCCUUCAGGGGGCCACCAGGUAAGUCAAAUACCGCUUUGUUGUUUUGCCCAUUCACAGUUUGCAUCUCAACAGUCAACUGACCUAUCGGAUGGAAGACUGAUGGCGGCCCACGCCUCCUUAGUCCCCGUCAUUUUGUCGUGAUGCCGUCCUGUCCGCUUCAGGCUCGCUGCCAAUUCGUUACCGGAACAGCGCGAGGGUUGUAACUAGCCUCGCGAGAGCUCGAAGCAAAUCAGCACUGCCUCUUCCUUGAUUGGUCGGCAGGCGCACACACGCUGGGGCCCAAUGCUCUCAACGGCGGACACAAAAGACACAACUAGCCGGUAGAGCAAGCUUGCGGCAACUGCUUACUGAGGCUCUUAUACGCUCUUAAAGGUCAAUAAAGUUUCACAAUCCAAUCUAUCUUCCUUGAUUUCUGAUCUGGGUUUCUUUGUGUUAUCAACCAUACCACCUCCCAACAGACCUGCCAGCUCCAGAUGAAAACGCCUCCAUGGAGAUUCGAUGGUGCCAAUGCUCUCAACGGCGGACACAAAAGACACAACUAGCCGGUAGAGCAAGCUUGCGGCAACUGCUUACUGAGGCUCUUAUACGCUCUUAAAGGUCAAUAAAGUUUCACAAUCCAAUCUGUCUUCCUUGAUUUCUGAUCUGGGGUUCUUUGUGUUAUCAACCAUACCACCUCCCAACAGACCUGCCAGCUCCAGAUGAAAACGCCUCCAUGGAGAUUCGAUGGUGCAAACUACAGGAAGCUUUCCAUUACACUGUCCUGGGUGUCCUCGAUCUCGCACGUCGUCGGCACCAAGACUGGUUAGACGACAACGGCGCAAUGAUCAACAAUCUGCUCACCAAAAAUAUAAGGCCGCACUGAGCCUACCUCUGCCUUCCAACUGAUGCGAACGAAGCUGCUUCCUACCAAUUUCGCCGCCUUGCUCAACCACAUUUAGGAGAAAUACAGGACGCUUGGAUGACUCGCAAGGCUGAGGAAAUCCAACGAUUUACCGACCGAAACGGAUCCAAGAUCUUUUUUACUGUGAUCAAGGCGAUCUACGGAUUCCUACCAAGAGAACAGCGCCACUUUUCAGCUCCGAUGGAUCAAUGCUUUUGACGGGAAGGUCGCAAGUUCUGAAGCUUUGGGCCGGGCACUUUAAAAGCGUCCUCAUCCAUCCCUCCGCAAUCUCCGACACCGCCAUCAACCGCGUGACUCAAGUCGAGCUGGAUUCCCCCUCUCUCCCAGAAAUCAUCCGCAGCGUGCAAACAAUCUCCAGUUGGAAGGCAUCGGUCGCCAAUGUAAUCUCGGCUGCCAGCUGCAGGAGAAGUGCUAGAAGAUGCUAACCCACCUCCACGCUAUCUUCGUGGAGUUCACGAAGGCCUUCGACACGGUGAAUCGUAAGGGACUGUGGAAAAUCCUGCAUAAACAAUUCAUGCACAUGAUAUGUCAGCUACACGACGGGAUGAUGUCACGCGUCACGUACAAUGGAGCAAUCUUCGAGGCAUUCGCAGUGGCCAGUGGAGUGAAAUAGAGCUGUGUUAUCGCGUCUGCCCGCUUCAGCCUCAUGUUCUCUGCCAUGCUGAUGGACGCCUACCGUGAUGCCCGCCCGGGACGUACAUCGUCUACAGAACUGAUGGGCAUCUUCUCAACAGCAGGUGUAUGUAGGCCCCCACGCGACUACCUAUGAAUACAGUCCACGACCUGAUCUUCGCCAACAAUCGCGCGCUCGACAUUAAGACAUGAAAUGGCAUGGAAUCACCACGGUCUGCAAGUGAACACCAGGCCGAAGGUAUGCAAGACUGUCGUCUUGAAGACACUUCCAUAGGGAGCGGGGAUCUGGACCGUCUACUGUAGUUAUGCCAAGAAGAUCAACCACUUCCACGCUAGCUGCCUUCGCCGAAUACUAAAGUUGAGAUGGCAAGACAGGGUCCCUGACACGGAAGUCCUAAAAUGGGUCCGAAGUCUCUACAUCCAUGCCAUUCUAAGACAACACAAAUAAAUGGUAGCAGCAAUCACUUCAGGAAGGGAAAUACCUGUCCACCAAAACAAAUCUUCUAUGGCGAUAUCGCCACAAGUACUCGUCGACAGGGGGAGGGACAAAAACCGCGCUAUAAGCACAUUUUGAAGAUCUAUCUGAAACGACUUCAAGUGAGACCAAAAACCUGGGAGGAUAUCGCCCAGAACAUGGCGAAGAGAAAAAAGGGCCGGCGCAGCCAUCUACGAAGGAAAUCGGACCGCCCCCUCAAAACCAAAAAAGGGGAUUUUCAAGUCACAAGUGCCUUGACUCUUCAAUGCCAACAGUCAGCCGCUUCCAACGUGUCCGUGCGGCUAACAAACGCUCUGCGCGCGAAUCGGUCUCGUUGGACACCUUCGGACGCAAGCCACCAACAAUUCGACAGCGCAAAAUUCUUCUUUCACUCCCACCCCUGUCGCUGCCCGUCAUUCACCGACAUCAUCCGCUCUUUCCCAACCCCUGCAUCGAACACAGCGAACAACUCCGUCACCACCACGAUAUCUCGCACUCCCCAGACCGAGCGGAUGAUAUUCGACUUCCCAUCGCCUGCUACCAUCACCUCCAGCACCCCCACCUCCAGCGAUGCGGACUCGAUCCAAACCUGUCAUCAUUGUGGUCGCACAUGCACCUCAUAUAUCCGCCUGGCCAAUCACUUGCGGGUGCAGAGUACAGAGACGGUCGAACCAGUGCAUAAAGCACCCUCAUACACUCGACGCACCCACCCCAACUGCUUUCACCACCCUCGCGCACCCGUGCACUUAUCAAGCCACAGUGCAGUCAUGGAAACCUGCGGUAGACGGUUGGUGACUGUACCAUACCAUCAUAACUUGCAUCACACAUCAGCAUCACCACCCAACGCAAGCACUCAAUUGACACCUUUCACGCAAGUGGGAAGUGUGAUCUACGGCUCAGUCUCCAUGCGUCUCCUCUGCUGCAUGUGUGAUCCGAGUCUGAGACUAGCACGAUGGUCCAAGUGCCGUGGCCUGGAAGACUGCUGACUGACGCCUCCACUCAAUCCACGCAGUCAGGCCAGUUGUGUGUGUGAUGGUGUGGGGUAGCGAACUGCUGGGUUGAGUGUCAGGCUGUCAACGCCCUUUCUUCAUGUGACCUCUGACGAUUUUACGCACGUAAAGACUACAGUGAGUGACCGAUAUCAUGAAAUAUUGGCUGACAUUCUGAAAUGCGUUCUCGAACAGGAAGGAUUGCGUGGGCGUGGUUGUAAUACGUAUUAUCUUGCGACAUAAUCUUAUAACAUUUCGGACUUGGCAGGAUGUUGGCUUUUGAAUAGGCUGCAUUUCAAUUUCCUGUGGAAACCGUACUCGGUUAAAAAUGACUACUUAUGUAGCAUGCAUUUUUCUCACUGAUUUUCGAUGGUCUUGCAAAUUUGAGUAUAUCUUAUAUAAAAUAUAGACAAAAACACGCCUUCGUUUAGUGAAUUAAUAGAGAAUAACGUCUUCUUUAUAUUUUAUACUCAAGGAAGGAGUGUAAUUAGGUUUUAAAAAAGUUUUCUAAUUGUUGAAUAAUUUGGAGCCUGAUCAUUCGUUGCAUUAGCGCUUAGGGAUUUUAGUCAACAAGUUGCAUGCGUUCCACGCAAGGAAGGUCACAUAUUUUUCUAUCCCAUUAGAAAGAUAUCAUAUAGAGUCCAUGAAUUUUUUCAACCGAUGCGGACUAGGUUGAACAUUUCAUGAGGAGCUACGGUAAACGUCUAGGUACGAUGCUAUAUGAAUGGACAUUUCGCGGACUUAAUCCCAUAGUUUGAAACUUUUAAAACCUUAUAACACUUCUUCCUUAAGCAUAAAAUACAAAGAAGACGUGAUUCUCUAUUAAUUCACUGAAACAAAGCAUAAUUUUGUUUAUAAUUUUCAUAGGAUAUAUUUGAAUUUGCAAGACCAUCGAAAAUCAAUGGGAAAAGGCAUGCUACAUAAGUGUUCAUUUUUAACCGAGUACAGUUUCCAAAGGAGAUUGAAAUGCAGUCAGCUCAAAAGCCGACAUCCAGCCGAGUCGGAAAUGUUAUAAGAUUAAGUCGGAAGAUAAUAAGUAUUACCACCGCGCCCAAGUUAUCCUCCCUAGUCGAAAACGCAUUUCAGGAUUUUAGCCAGCAUUUCAUGAGAUCGGUCACUCAGUGUACUCGUCAAAAUAAGGCACUCCUGCAAAUUGCUGGGAAUAUUAAACGGGAUAGCGGCCAGAGUUGGUGACGAUGUUUAUGGCCCGGUAGUCGGCGCAACGAGGCUGCCAAGCAGGCACCACCAGGCACCGCCUCUUCUCCACAUAUCUUACUGGGUGAUACACAUCCAUCCGGAGACUUACUGGGCCACGCCACCUUAUCUUUCGUGCAUAAACAAUCGUAGUUAUUGACACCACAACAGGGCUUCCAGCAAACAAAUUCUCCUAAACUCUACCACAUAAAACAACUGAUCAAUUGGUCUGCAUGCCGAUACAAUGCGAAUUUCAUAAAGUUCGUCUAAGGUCAUUCCCAGAGAAGGAAAUGUCUACAACAUACAGAAAAAAAUUAAGUAUACACUGCUAGCAAACACAAUAAUUUGAAGUGUGUUUGAAAGAAAUAAGUGGCGGAAAAAAUGCCAAAACAACGUGCUUCAGAUAAAAAAACCUACGCAUGAUUUUCGGCCACCGCAAGCAGGGUUUCCAGAGAACAGUGAACAAGUGCUAACAUACUUUCUAUGUCUGGGGGAAUUUCGUCAAUAUUAUAUCAACACCUACACCCAGUAAUACCAGGUCGUGAACUACACACUCUAUGUGAGUGGGAGAUAUUACGGACGAGUUAUUUCCGAUUACUGCGAAACCUAGAUAUAAUGAAUCAUUGAACGCAAGUUCACGUGUGCUCAUCCCACUCGCAUGAGAAAUAAGCGUGUUUCUGCUUCGUGUCAGCAUGACCUUGAAACACCACGCAGUUGUACAUGCCUUCCAUAAAGUGCCCCUAGAAAACUGGAUAAAUAGCCAAAUGCACUCACCGAUUUACAGCGAUCAGCAAAAGGGAGCAACAGGUGUUGAACAACUCAGCAUCCCCAGUAAGCAUUCAGGAACAUCCUCGCUAAGUGUCUAACAGUGUAGGAUGUGUGGGAGGCAUUUAAAUUACUCUUUCUAUGUUUGCUUCCAUUUAUUUCUAAAGCCGGUCUUGACUAAUAUGUCGUGGUGUAACAGGCUGACCCAUAAAUGCAAGCUUCUCUAUUCAAAAGGCUAUUUUCUAUUGUCGCGUAAAUUUCAGGCGAACAUGAACAACCGUGA